AUAACAAAGUAUAAAACGAUAUGACUGCCUCCCCUUUACAAAGGAAACACUUUCUGGAUAAUUUGCCAUGUCUCUGAAAAUGUUUCAAAUUUUGGUGUCUGCUCUGCUGUUUACAGGUGUCCUUGGAGCACCUUUUCUGACAGAAGAAUCAGCAAAUCAAUUUAUACGACUUAAACGACAGAUACCAUAUUCUCAGAUCUACUGGGACCCAAGCAGCAGCCAGAAUGCCUGGGGAUACACUGUAGCCGAACAGAUUAGAGAAUCAUGGACAGCGUUGAGAGACACAGCACAAUACUACAUGGACUUCAGUUCUUUUGCCUUUGAUCCUUCAAUUGUCAGUGACAACAUCAGAUCUUACACGGAGAUGCUACAGCAGUCUGGGACUCACCUGCAGUAACAGACAAGGAUGAGCUAUUAAAUCCUACAUGUCUCGUAUCUGGCAAUGUCAGGAUAUGGCAUGUUAUGUAUUUGCCACUAUGUAUUUGAUAAAAUGACUUUAUCUCAUCCCACUGUCUAAACCAGAAAUUAACACACGAAGUCUCUCAUACCACCUAUUUUACAUCUCACUUCUUCUGAUGAAUAUAAGUCACAGCAAGUUGAAUAAGAAGAUGAAGACAAGGCAACCAUUAACUUCUAGCAGAUUAGUUUAAAAAAGCCAUAAAACUGUGUUUUCAGGUGAAACAGUUGUUUGACUAAACAAUUGCUUUUAAAUGUACAUUCCCGCUUCUGUGACUGAAAACCACGUUUCUAUUUUUCAGUAUUUUAGUUUAGCUACACUUUUGAGAGGCAGUUAAGAAACGGAAAUCAGUCACUUUGGGUGGAUAAGAGAAGUAGAGCACGUUUGCUCCAGGUUUGGCCAGUAAGAAGAGCAUACUUCCUGCACUUCAAGUGCAUGCCCAUUUUUUCAAGUACUGGUCUCAAAUUAGUAGAUAUCAUAGUAUACAUCCAUAUCAUGUGUAUGCUCUGCUUUCCACAUGUAAACUUCUGUACUUGGUCUGGAAUGCCAAAACCAACUGAAGCCGCUGCUACCACUGUGAAUUGCUUUUUCUUACUCCGUGGAAGUAGGAGCUGUUGGAAACACUUAGUCACGGCUCCUUUUCUAAUAAAAAUGGUGAUGAUAAAAUGUUUUUCUUUAUGCCAAGUUCUUGAGUCUGGAAGUUGAUCAGAGUCACUUUUUAUCCCUAAAGAGCAGUUUCUAUGUGUUGUGGAUUUGAGGUUCUUUGUGAAUAUGGACUGUAUACUGACUGGAAUGAAUUCAAACAUAAUGUUGUAUCUUCUAAAAAGAAAUGCACGUUCUGGCAUUUUGGCAAUCUCUGCCAUGUUCUUAGGUAUGAAACUAUCCUUAGGCUAUUAUUAAUUUCCUUGGGUGGGACAAUGAGCCUGAAAUUGCCAUUAUUCAUUAGCUGAA